GGGGGAUCCAAUCCGGUUUCAGCUAGUUUAUGUUCCGAUAGAACAUUUAUGCUAGCUACACUGUGUUCCAAGAUACUGUUAGAGUCUUACUGAACCCAUACAGCAGUACAUUGUUAGCCUGCUGCCUGUGCUGUGAUUAGGUGAUCUUCUUUCCUCUACCUAAAAAAGUAGGCUACAAGUUUAGCAGCCAUGCCGAAAAGAAACAAAGCUAACAAUGACGCUGACGUCGCUGAGCCCAAGAGGAGGUCUGUGAGACUCCAAGCCAAACCACUGCCAAAGUCACCUGAGCCGAAACCAAAGAAGGCCCCUGCUAAGCCCAAAAAGGUGAAGGAGGUGGAGAAGGCGAAACCGGAGGAGAAGAAGGAGGUGGAGGAGGAGGCUGAGCCCGAGGCAGAGGUUGAGGCACCAGAGGAGGAGGAAGAGGAGGAGGAGGAGGCGGCACCCGCCGAGAACGGAGAGGCUAAAGCUGAAGAUGAGGCCGCCGCCACAGAAGAACCUGAACAGAAAGACGACGAGGCUGCCGAAUAACAUCACCACAAUACUCAAAAGAGCUCCCCAUACCUCUUUUCUUGUACAAUUCAGAGGACUAUUUUUAUCAACUAUUUUCUAAAAAAAAGCAGGUUUUUUAGUAGCUCCAAGUAGUAGAAACACAUUUUAUAGAAAAAAAAACACAAAAAAAAGAAAAUGCGUUAGGAGAAGGAUCUCAGAGUAUCCUGAUUUUGUUUUUGUUUUGUUUUGUUUGUUUUUUUAAGCUCCUGGACAGGAGUGGUCAUUGAGUGAUCUGUGUUUCUCUUAUUUUGUUCUUUCAUUUUUACAACUCUGUAUUGUUUCAAAGAGGGGAGGGAGUGGGGCUGGUUGCAGCAUAGAGGCCAUGCGACCAUGCCAUUUCUUUGAGGAAUCAGUUUUGUUGAAGGGGGAGUUUUUGCCUGAGAGACUAACAUUCCAUAGGCUUUAUGAGGGACUGUGUAUGUAACCUGUAUCGUAAGAGGGCGAAGGGUGGGUUGUAUACGAUAUUACAUUGUUUGUUUUGUUGUUUAUGAUUGGGUGGGCAGGGGUUGAUUGUUUGUAAGCUGUGCUCUAUGAAUCUAAACUCUCUUAUCCAUGCAGUCUUCUGAAUCAACAGCUUUGAUUGAUCAUCCUGUUACCCUAGUACUGUAUCAUUCAUCAGGCUUUGUGCAUAACACAUAAUGACUCUGUUUGGUGAUAGCAUUGCAAUAACAUUUGUAUAGCUGCUGUGAACACAACAAUGGUUUUCAUAAUUUCUGUAUGCAGUAUGUAUCGGUACUUGUUAAGGAUGACAAGAAUGGAAUCGUGUUUUAGCCAAGCUAAUGACAUGAACAACAUUACAGUGUUACGGCUAUAGCUAACUGGUGAGCAAAAUGACUAUUUUCACUUGAACAUACCAGCAGUAGCAAUAUUUUCCCAAGGGUUUUAGGUUUGAAGUACAAAUGUACAGUUUCAUUUUUUUUGUAGCUGUAUCUGUGUAAUGAUUGGUAUGAACAUACCAAUAAAAUGGUUGUAAUUUC